CAAACUUUUUGGUGGUCGGACGUGCUUGGCCGGAGCAAAUCAUUCGCUUUCCAUUAUUAUAACGCAUAUUGUGCAAGUCACACGCGUGUGUUUUAGUGUGUGUUUAUAUAUUAUAUAUAUACAAAUAUAUAUAUAUUUGUAGUUAGCUCUAUUCGAGUAUGUGUGAAUAAAUCAAUGUUCGCGACGGCUGCAUUGCUAAUAUAGCAAAUACCAACAACAACAACAACAACAAAGCACACUUGAAAGAUUGCGUUAGCAACUUUUUGUUGCUUCCAUUUUGUCCAUUCCGUGCCCAUAUCUCUCCACCAGCCUGAAGACAACAACAACAGAAAAUAAAUAAAAAUUUGGCGCGCAGUGAACCCAGUGAUAAGACCGCCGUAAACAAAAUAUACACAAGAAUAAUUAAAAUUUUAAUCAUUUACACGUGUCACAAGGAGUGAUAAUUCGAUUACGCUACAUAACGCCAAAGUGCAUUCAGAUCAGCGUCAAAUAAACCAACAAAAAACAAAAAUUAACACACUUCGAAGGCAAUAAUAUUUGUGACAGGUGCAACAACCAACAACCAACAACAUCAACAUAUAAUCCGUAAAAGGCAAUCAACAGCAGCAUCCAAUGGCUGAGGAGGAGUUCUUUGGCGAUUUAGACGACAUUAUCAAUAUGGACGUGAACGGCGGCGGCGGCGCUGGAGGCGGAAGAACGACUGUGAAUAUGCAGCAGGUAUUUCAUCAGUCGACGUCCCUGCCGGUGAUGCCAUCGCCCAUGCCGCUGGGCCAGCUGCAGACACACCAGACACACCAGACACCGCUGACACCACCCAAGACCAGGACAACAGCCAAGGCCAGCGUAAAGACGGGUCCACACCUGCGCAUCAUCGAGGAGCCAACGAACAACAUAAUCCGGUUUCGGUACAAGUGCGAGGGCCGCACGGCGGGCUCCAUACCGGGCAUGAGCAGCAGCGCAGAGAGGGGCAAGACCUUCCCCACCAUCGAGGUGUGCGACUACAGUGGCCCCGUCACCGUUGUCGUGUCGUGCGUGACCAGCGACGAGCCGUACCGCCAGCAUCCGCACUGGCUGGUCAGCAAGGAGGAGGCCGACUCGUGCAAGUCGGGCGUGUACAGCAAGCGGCUGCCGCCGGAGGAGCGGCGUCUGGUGCUGCAGAAGGUGGGCAUACAGUGUGCCAAGAAGCUGGAGAUGCGCGACUCGCUGCUGGAGCGCGAGCGCAAGAAUGUGGAUCCCUUUUUGGCCAAAUUCGAUCACAAGGACCAAGUCGACAAGAUCAAUCGGUACGAGCUGCGGCUGUGCUAUCAGGCAUUCAUCAAAGUGGGCGGCACACGCGUCGCCCUCGAUCCGAUUGUGUCCUCGCCGAUAUACGGCAAGAGCAACGAGCUGAUGAUCAGCCGUCUGUGCAGCUGCUCGGCGAAGGUGAGUGGCGGCGAUGAGAUCAUUAUGCUCUGCGAGAAGAUAUCCAAGGAUGACAUCGAGAUACGCUUCUACGAGACGGACGACGAUGGCCGGGAGCUGUGGCACGCCAACGGAGAGUUCCAGCCGACGGACGUGUUCAAGCAGAUGGCCAUUACGUUCAAGACGCCGCGUUACAGGAAUACAGAGAUUACACAGAGUGUCUAUGUGGAACUGAAGCUGGUGCGACCCUCGGAUGGUGCGACGAGUGCCCCGCUGCAGUUCGAGUACUUCCCGAAUCCAGGUAUAGUAACCUUUGCCCGGCUGCAGCGCAAGCUGAAGCGCAAGCAGGAGAUGGACGUGUUCCAGCAGAUUUUGUCCCUAGAUAGCGAAACGACAGCCACCAAGUACUCGUGUCCGCCGCUCGAUCUCAACGAGGACGAGAACAACACCGUCUCAUCGGAUGAUCAGCCCAGUUCGGGCACCCUCAAUGACUUUGAGAUUGCGGUGAAGAAGCAACUGAUGCACCUGCAGCACCGUGGCGAGUCCCAUGAUGCCGAUGGCAACACCAUGACGGAGUACACGGACAACGACAACGAACCGGACAUGGAGAUUGAGCUGGAGGUGCCGCAGCUGUUGCCGCAGCUGGCCGAUGACUGCACCCAGACGUCGACGCCCAUGGAGGAGAUACUGCAGCAUCCGCAGCUGCAGACGCGACCGCUCAACAAUGUGGACAAGAUCACCGAGUGGAUGAAGAGCAGCGAAUUCGAGCGCACGGACAGCCUCACCGUGGAGAACGGCGACACGCCCACCAUGUCCAACAGCACCGCCCAGACGGCCUUCACCAAUGUCAGCAGCCUGACGGCCAAUACGACCAUCACGAAUCAGCUGGAUGGCGAUGGGGAUGGGGAUGAGGAGGGUGCGGGCUCACGCAGGGAUACACUAGAGAAUCCAGCACUCAAGGAGCUGCCAGAGGAUGGGGAGAGGGAACCCGAACUAGCCUCGGCCAGCGCCCAGGCCUCGGUGGAUCUCGAUGAGAACUUUGAUGAGACGGCCACGUACACGAGCCUGCAGAUAGCCUUCAACAAUCCCGUGGACAUACCCAGGAACUCGGGCGCGGCCUCCCUCCGCCUCCAGCAGAUAUACGCCGCGACCAAUCCCUUCAGCCAGAUGGACGAGGACGAGCUGGUGGUGCUGACGAAUCCCCCCGCGCCGCGGAUCAAAGUGAACGCGGCCCUGACACCGGCCACGCCGCCGUCGCCGACACUGCCGCAGCUGCCGCCGCGCACACCCUCGCCGGAUCCCGAUCACCGUCUGCCGCCGCUGCCACCAAAGCCACAGAGGAACUCGCAGGAUCUGAGCAUCGUGAGCGACGGAUCGAUCAAUCGGUCGCGCAACGGCAGCCUCAGCUCCGCCAGGACCACGCCCUCGCCCAUCAUCAUAAUGCGCACGCCCGACCAGAGCCCCACCAAGCGGCAGCCGACAUCGACGCCGAGUGCCUCGCCCAAGAAGCGGCAGGGAUUCUUCUCGCGCUUCUUCUCGCGCCGCAAGAGCCGGGCCGACGAGGAGGAGGGAUGCCUCACAGUGGGCGCCAGUCCCAGCAAGCAGCCGGGCGGCUCCUCCAGGGCCACCACGCCCACGCCCACGGGCAGCCGGGAGCCGAGUGUGGCGCACUUUGCGCUGGGCGAUCCCAAUCGCAGCUCCAGCCGCUCCAUGCAGCCGCCGAGCAACUGCAGCAACAGCAGCAACAGCGCCGCUGGUCGCAAUGGCCGUCCCGUGGGCCGCAGCUCGAGCAGUGUGUCGGGCAAGCGACCCGCCUACCUGGAUGCCGAUGUCAUCCACAUACCGCUGAAGGGCGGCGACAGCGAGAACAGCCUGCUGCGGCCCGAGAGCUACUCGACGGCCAGCACCCUCAGCUACGGUCGGCCGCUGGACCGCAAGACCCUCAGCACACUGCAGCUGGCCGACAUACCCAUCAGCGACGGCAACAUGGAACUGGUGGCCAUUGCCGAUCGCCAGAGCAUCCGCAACUUGUGCGAGGGCGCCUACGGCGUUGUGCUCGACCCCAGCGUGGAUCUGUCCGAGGCGGAGCACUUUGCGCUCUACACCAGCAAGUCCCCGGAGCCGCCAUUCGGCGGGGAACAGUCCGGUGCUGCGGAUGGUCCUGGUGGGGCGGAGGCAACGGAUUUCCUCACCGCUGAUGAGAUAGCGCGACGUCUGGCCGAGGCCAAUGGCCUGCAGUGAAGCG